GGGGCCAUGCGGCAGCGCGGGGCGGUGGCAGCGGAGGUACCGGUACCACCGGCACCGGCACCAGUUGCGGGGCCGCCUUCCUGCCCGCGGCGCGGCCCCGCAGAGCCAUGGGCGAUGGGGGGCUGCCGCCCGACUGCGGCCCCCAGAACCGGUCGGUGGUGCCCCCCGGGAGUAGGCAGCUGCCCGCCGCCGAGCUGCUGUCGCAGCAAUGGGCGGUGGGGAUGAGCCUGCUGAUGGCCCUGGUGGUGCUGCUCAUCGUGGCCGGGAAUGUGCUGGUGAUCGCGGCCAUCGGGAGAACGCAGCGGCUGCAGACCCUCACCAACCUCUUCAUCACCUCGCUGGCCUGCGCCGACCUGGUGAUGGGGCUGCUGGUGGUGCCCUUCGGGGCCACGCUGGUGGUGAGGGGCACCUGGCUCUGGGGAUCUUUCCUCUGCGAAUGCUGGACCUCGUUGGAUGUGCUCUGCGUGACAGCCAGCAUCGAGACCUUGUGCGUCAUCGCCAUCGACCGCUACCUGGCCAUCACCUCGCCUUUCCGCUACCAGAGCCUCAUGACCAAGGCUCGGGCCAAGGGCAUCAUCUGCACCGUCUGGGCCAUCUCCGCCCUGGUCUCCUUCUUGCCCAUCAUGAUGCACUGGUGGCGGGAUGAGGACCCCCAGGCACUGGAGUGCUACCAGGACCCGGGCUGCUGCGACUUCGUCACCAACAGGGCUUACGCCAUCGCCUCGUCCAUCAUUUCUUUCUACAUCCCUCUUCUCAUCAUGAUCUUUGUGUAUCUCCGAGUGUACAGAGAGGCCAAGGAGCAGAUUAGGAAGAUCGAUAGGUGCGAGGGCCGGUUCUAUGGCAGCCAGGAGCAGCCACAGCCCCCCCCACCUCCUCACCACCAGCCCAUCCUCGGCAACGGCCGAGCCAGCAAGCGAAAGACCUCCCGCAUCAUGGCCAUGAAGGAGCAAAAAGCCCUCAAGACUUUGGGCAUCAUCAUGGGAGUGUUCACCCUUUGCUGGCUCCCUUUCUUCCUGGUGAACAUCGUCAACGUCUUCAACAGAGACCUGGUGCCAGACUGGCUCUUCGUUUUCUUCAACUGGUUGGGCUACGCCAACUCUGCUUUCAACCCCAUCAUCUACUGCAGGAGCCCCGACUUCCGUAAGGCCUUCAAGAGGCUGCUCUGCUGCCCCAGGAAAGCCGACCGGCGGCAGCACGCCAGCGGUGGGGAGCUGGCCCCGCUGCCCGGGGGCUUCAUCAGCACCGUGGGCUCCCCCGAGCGCAGCCUGGCAGGGACCUGGUCCGACUGCAACGGAGGCACAAGGGGCGGCAGCGAGUCCAGCCUGGAGGAGAGGCAUAGCAAAACAUCCGAUUCGGAGUCCAAGGGAACAGUCAGGCUAAUGGAUUUUCAUUGUCUUCUGCUUCUGUUCAUCAAUCUAGGUCUGGACAGCCUGGUGCUGUGGAAGGAAAACCCAGGAGCCACAGAAGCCUCAGAGGAAUUCUCUUGUUCUAUUUCCAGCCUUUCUUUUUAAGAUACAAAGGGCUUCAGAUCAGAUGCAUUUCUGAAGCUUAUCUGUGUGAAUAUUUGACUGCUUAUCCAAACAGAACAAAAACCUUCAAACCUUCUGAGGUCCAUCCAUCAAGAGCCUUAUCUCCCCAUGUCACCAUUCACCUCCCGGCUGCUGCUGCUCGGAGCCUCCUGCCAGCUGGGGCUUAGCUCUGCCCUCCAGAUUCCCAUAUCCAUCCCCAGUCCAGGCAGCUACACGGCAUUAUCCAUAGUCUCCUCCUUGGCUCCCUGCCCCUUCAGUGAUGGCCUUUGUAUUGCAUGCAGGCCUGGGCUGCUGCAUGGUCUGCAGCCAGCCAGCAUCCCGAUGGGCUGCAUUUGUGCUGCUGUAUUGCAGCCCGUCAUCUCCAUCUCCCACAUAUGCAGCCAUCUGGGCUAUGCACACUGACUCUGCUUGGCCCCAACAAGCAGAACAUUUGUCUGGUUUUAUGGGAUAUUAAUGAAGCCCAGAUAAAGGAAUGCAGUCUCCUCUGUCUGAGGUUCAAAGACUGAAAUAUCCAAGGGCAGUAUUUCUGAUCUGCUCUCUGGUAAAAAGGAGGUUUUGUAAGAGGUCCCCUAAAUCCCAGCUGUUGGGUACGGGAGGAGGGGAUGUCAGCCCUCACUGCCUGACAGCCACUGAUCCCCUCUACUGGAGGAUCCUCAUUGCUCGGUCAGGCUGCUAGAAACUCAGAUAUCAUCCCUAAAAACCCAGGUGGUAGCUGAGCACAGGACCUGAGCCACUGAGAAGCCCUAGGAGCAUGGCAAGCCAGCAUCCUCAGUCCUGUGCAGGUUCCUGUCCAGGUACAACAUCUGUGUAGUUAGUCUUAUGCCCAAUUCAUACAAUGGGCUGUUCAGCCUUGUCAGAAGAGCCUUUGCAGUACUCAGUAUCGGGGCCACAGGACAUUUCUUGAUUUGAAGCUGAGCUGGCACAAGAAGUCGUCUGCAGUCCCGCUGUCCUGUCAGAGCCAUGGCCAAAAACAACAGGGUGAAGACAUGGAAAGAGCCGCCCAUCCACAGUGUAACCAAGUUAAAACAGGGGCCUGGAUGUUUGGGGCUGGAGAACAGCUUUUAGGCAGGUCAGAGGCUGAAAUCCUGUGCACAACGGCGGGGAUCAGUGGUCUCUGCUGCUUGGUACUGCCUGGUCUCAGCCUAGAUCUACACAAACCUUGGCAUCAGGGUGGCUUUUUCCA